AGGAAAAUUGUGAUCUGUUUGGAUGAGGAUCGUCGCUUCAUAUCCCGGAUCUUUCAUUGGAAACCCGGAGCUUUGCCUGCUGGGUGAUGAAACUGGUAAAUGUAGGGAAAUAAAAGAAGGCAACAGCAGGGGAAAGGUUCUUGCUGGGGUAAUCAUUGCUGUGGUGGUCUCCUUGGCAUUGCUUUCUGCAAUGAUCUAUGCACUGGUGGUUGGGCGCCAACAAAAGAAACAUUCUGUUGAUCAAACUCUUCUCCUUGAACGACAUUCUAGAACCGAAGAUCUACCCGAGAACUUGAAAAUUGAAGAUAUUAUCCGUGCUACAGAAGGAUGGAGUGACAAGUAUAUCAUUGGCAGAGGUAGGCAUGGAACAGUUUACAGAACAGAAACUUCCAACUCAAGGAACCAUUGGGCAGUCAAGAAAGUGAAUUUGUCCAACACAAACUUCAAACUCGAGAUUAGAACUCUUGGGUUAAUCAGGCAUCGUAACAUACUGAGAAUGGCAGGUUACUGCAUUAGAGAUGGAUAUGGAUUCAUCGUGACCGAGUUCAUGCCUGGCGGGACACUCUUUGAUGUGCUCCACCAGAGCCAACCACGCUUGGUUUUAAACUGGGAUACAAGAUAUCAUAUCGCUUUCGGCAUAGCUCAUGGGCUUUCCUACCUUCACCAUGAUUGCGUGCCUCAGAUUAUCCAUAGAGACAUCAAAUCAGAUAAUAUCCUAUUGGAUUCUGAAUUCGAACCAAAGAUCGGAGACUUUGGAAUGGCAAAGUCGGUCUACAAUCAGGAUCAGGAUUCAAGCUCAACAAGGUCUGAAAUUGUUGGAACAUUGGGAUACAUAGCACCAGAGAAUGCAUACUCAACUCGGUUGACAGAGAAAUGUGAUGUCUACAGCUAUGGAGUAGUUCUACUGGAGAUGCUCUGCAGGAAAUUGCCUGUGGACCCUAGCUUCCAGGAUGGCUUAGUUAUUGUCUCGUGGACUAGGAAGAAACUAGAGGAAAAUGAAGAAUGCAUUUGCUUUCUUGAUGAAGAGAUCAGCCUUUGGAGCAAUGAUGAACAACAAAAGACCCUCAGGUUGCUGGAAUUGGCACUUCAAUGCACUCAAUCUAUGGCUGAUACAAGACCCUCCAUGAGGGAUGUAGUGGCUUCUCUAAUUAGGCUAAAUGAAAAGCAUGGAAAAUGAGUAAACAAAGCAUAAGCGAAGGCUUCUUUUUAGCCUUUCACUGCGAAUUAUAUAUUUCCUUGUA